CAAAAAUAAUGAUUAAAAUUUGUUUGUUCUACCGGUAUUUUUGUGGAGGGCGUUGAAGUAAUAAAAAAUUUUGCCGAAGUCACACUGUCAGAGAUAGAAUGGGAAAGAAAUCUGUAGCCCAGCUUCGGCGUUUGGAAAAGAGGGCUGCCGAAAGAGGCGAGAAGUAUGUCCCCCCUAUCGAAAUACCUCCCAGCGAUUGUGUACAAGACAAAUCGACCUCGAAGGAGACCAUCGGAGAUAAAGAUAAAUCAACGACUGGCAUUAAAAACUCUUGUAGACUUGCCGCUGCCCAAAAGCUAUUGAAGAUACUCAAGAAUAUCGAAAAUAAUGAUGAACUGAAAUCGAAAGAUCGUAGAUCGGCAAAGCGUAAGGCAGAAGCGAUUUGUUCCGAAGAAACUGGAAUCCCCGUUGAAGAGCUUCUUGAUUGGUAUGAAAAGAACAAAAGUCUCCACGACAACAAGAAGGGAGAGGCGACGGUAUCCGGACGUCGCCGUGAUCCGCUAAUCGCCUUCGUUGGACAACUAUCGUACGAAACCACAAGAGAUGAUUUGAUGGAUCACAUUCAAUCUCAUUUGGGCGGCGAAUUCCCAGCUUCGCAAAUAAAUAAAAUAACCAAGAUUCGAUUGUUGAGCGACCCUCAAACUAAAAAAUCCCGCGGCAUGGCUUUUGUCGAAGUAGACGAUCCAGAAUUCUUGUACGCACUCUUGAAGCUACACCAAACCUAUCUGAAGGGUCGCCGUAUCAAUAUUGAAAGGUCCGCUGGGGGGAAACGAAAUAGUCAGGCCCGCAAAUCCAAACUUGAGCAUUAUCGCAAAGAACAAGGCGCUUACUUUGCAGAAGUUGUCGAGAAUAUUCUUGCUGAAUAUAAACAAAAUGGAGAACUAAGAGAAGACGAGUUAGAUGAGGGAGUCGUUAGUGUCUGUAAGCGUCACUCUGGUCCUGUUGUGCAGGCAGCAGUGGCUGAAUAUAUCGAGAAAGGAGGGAGGGACAUGAACAAUCCUAGUGCAUAUCUAACUUUUCUUGUCACAAAAUUUGCAAAGGAAGGAAUUCACGACGUCGAAGAUACAGGUAAGAGCAAAACCUUGAAGCCAACCAGAAAACGUAAAGAAGCACCUCCUACCGGAGACCAAGAUGGCAGACAGAAAAAGGAAUGGAAGGGAGCUUCUGGAUUUGCGAGGUUGGGAGUAGAUAUGUCAAUGAGUGUAAAGAAUCCGUCGAGAGAAGGUCCAAGAGAUGUUUCUAAAAUAUUUCCCUCGUCUCAGCGUGGACGGGGUAGAGGCUACAUGAGCAACGUCCGACGAUGAGCUGAGUAGUAACAAAAUCUAGAUCAGAAACUGUAAGAGAUGUGAGGGAUGUUUCGUAUCACAAUAUCAUCCAAAGCAUCAACUUAGGUCACAGUAAUCAUGGAACCCAUUGGUUUGAUUUCAAUCGCACUAUAUCACGAAUGAUUAUUUAGCAAAGAUAUAUAGAGUCUGGUGGCUGCAGAUGGCAUAUUUCGAGACCACAGCACACGUACCGGUACCUCUUUCGAUCAUAUUCCACAGCUCCUAUCAUAGAACAACAGUAUUGACUACGUAGCUUUUAGAUUUUCAACAUGUUACGACGUUUAAAAAUCACGUAUUAACAAUAAUAGCUUGAAAUGCAUGCGAAAGCGAUAGCCAUCUAUUUUUUCGCCGACAACAACGAUUCCUACAACUCAGCUCGUCGACUGUGUCGAAUGUGGAAAAAUUAUCUUUUUCCCUUCCCUUUGGAUUUCGAGGCGGGCGCCUUACUUUCCAAUGACUCGUAAUACUGUUUGGUAAGACUGUACAAAAGAACACCGGAAACACCAACGGCCGAACCGAUACCGGCCUGUACGGUAACAGGAUUUCGGAAAACAAGAACAGAUGCUACCAGAAUGAAGACGCGCUUCAUGGUAUUUCCUACAGCAAGAGUCACAGGGUGGACGCUACCAAGAGCCAUGUACAUCACCUCAUUGUUCAAGUAGUGGAAGAGGCCAGAAACGAAGAUCGCACGGAUCAAUUGCGCUUUGCUCUCGACUUGGUCCAACGCAGCAGUCCACAGCGACAAAAAUCCUGAACCCUCCUGGAACAAUGCGACUGGGAUGGAGAUCAAAAACGCUGCCAUGGUCACCAGACCGAACAUGUUGGGAGGGCUCAAAUUAGACCCCGUCGCGCUGCCAGAUUGCAAGGCUGACUUUGAUACUACUGCUCGAAGAGCAAAGAACAAGUUGCUGGACAACGCCGCUCCAAAUGCUAACCAGGAAAAGUUGAGUUCCUUCAUACAAGCGUAGCCAACACCACCAACAACAGGAAUCAAUGUAGCAUAAACUU